AGUUGCCUGCUGGUCUCAGUUACAGCAAGCUAAAUCCUUCCGAGCUCUCCAAUCCUUCAGUUUCUCCAGUGAUCAGUGAUCAGCAAUAGUUACAAGCAAGAUGAACAGAAUCCUGCUCUUGGUGGCCUUUGCGGCUGGCGUUGUGGCUGCUGGAAGGAUAACUACGAAUCCGGACAGGGUUCAGGGUAUUGACCGCAUGUCCUUGGAGGAUCUGCAGCGCCAAAAGUUCAUCCUUGACAUUGUCCAGAACAUUCGUCAGCCUCUGCAGCAAAGUGAGCUCAUCAAUCUGGAUGUGGGUCUGAUUGCUGACAGUCAGCGUUAUCGCGGCGGCAUUGAUGAGGUGAUGCAGCGCGUCAUCGAUCUGGAUCGCCAGCGUCGCCUCCUGGAAGAGCACCAGGUGUACUCCGUUGGCCGUUUGGAGGAUGUGCAGCAGCUGCGUGGCAUCUACCGCCUGCUGGUUCGCGCCCAGGACUUUGAUACCCUGCGCCGCAACGUGGUCUACCUGCGCCGCAACAUUAAUCCCGUUCUGCUGAUCAAUGCCUUGGCUCUGGCCAUUCGCGAUCGCGAUGAUACUCGCACCCUGAUCGUGCCCGCUGUCCAGGAGCUGCUCCCCGAACUGUAUCUGGAUGAGGAAGUGAUUAAGCAGGUGCGCGGCGUUCUCAGGGAGCAAACCCAGCGCCCCUCGCUCAUGGACAUUGUGGGUAUGCGCCAGCGGGCCAUGAAUCCCGUGAUGAGCAUCCUGAUGCCCUGGCGGGAGAUCCACAUGCAGAUGGCUCUGAGGAAACAGCAGAACCUCCAGAACGUUGUGGGCCAGAAACGCAUCGUUGUUCGUGCCGAGAACCAGGGACAGAUUGAGGGCACUACUCUGUUCACCGACGAUAUUGAGUUGCAGAACUUUAUCCAGAAUCUCAUCCAGGAAAUUGCCCUUCUGGAGGAUGUCUCCCAGGUGGAGCAAAGCCAACGGAUCAACACCGAGCAACAAGAGGAGCAAAGGAUCGGUCGCAAUCGUGUGCAGUUCCAAGAUAACAACCAGGAUAGGUAUCUGGGUCAGGAUGUGGACACUGGACGCCUACUGCGCGUGAAUCGCCGCCGUCUUCUGGAGCAGCAGGAUCAAGAGCAGGGUCAGAACAUCUAUGGCAACCAGAAGGAUCGCUUCCAGCGACUCCUCCGCCGGGAUGACGACAACGACGACGAUGACCAAGAUGUUCGCAUGGGUCGUGUCCAGCUGCAGCGUGGAAUCAGCCAGGGAGGUCUCCGCACUGGAGGAGCUCGUAGCCUGCCCACCGUGAGCGUGAACAGUGACCGUCUGCUCCACGUGAGUCGCCGCCGCUUGAACGCCAUCCAACAGGAUGAGGAGCAGGAGCAGCUGAAUGGUCGCCAGCGUUUCAUGGGCUUGGUGCGAGGAGACCGCCUUAGCGAGGGACGUCGUGUUGGUCAGCUGGAUGAUGUGCGUCAGGAGCGUCAGAACAACUGGCAGAAGCAGGACCGCAUCUCGACACAAGGACGCACCUUCGGUGUCCAGCAGGAGCGUCAAUCCUACGCCGACCAGCUGGAGAGCGUUAGCCGCGAUGAUGAGCGAUUGGUGCAUGUCAACCGCCGCCGCCUCAACCAGGACAACCAGGACAACCAGUACAACCAGGACAACCGGUACAACCAGGACAACCAGGACAACCGGUACAACCAGUACAACCAGGACAGCCGGUACAACCAGUACAACCAGGACAUCCAGCAGCAACAGAGGAACUUUCCCCGCAGGAUUAACUCCAUUGGCGAGGGUCGCCGCGUCAUGGGUGAACGCCCCAUUCAGGAUGAGGACAUUCUGAAGCUAAUCCGUGGCGAAAACCGCCUGAAGCUUAUGACCGACGAUGAGAUCCUGGAGAUGCUCAAGAGGAACCGCCAGCAGCGUCUGCAGAAGUACCAAAACGAUGAUGAUGACGAUGACAACGAUGAUGAUGAGGAUGUGGUGCGCCGACAGGGACUGCGAAGCCGUCGCAGCCUUCCCAAUCUCCGUCAGCAGAACAGCCGCCGCAGCGAGAUUCUCCUGCACAAUCUUCGCCAGCUGGUGGCGCGCCUUAACCAGGAAAGCAUCGCCCAGAGACAGCAGAUCGAGCAGCAGCAGCCGUGGAUCAACAAUCCCCGCCUGACGCAAUCCGAGCGCUAUGCCCUCCGCCUGAACCAAAUCCGCAUCGAUUCCCAGCGCAGCCGUCAAGUCCUCACCCAAAUCGGCCAGAUUGAGCAGCGCAUGCAGGAGGCUAUGGGUCAGGUGCUGGGCCAGCUGAAUCUGAACUCGCUGCGUGGCCAGAUGAUCGAUCAACGUCAAGUCGAUGUGCUGCUGGCUCGCCUUGGCCAGGUGGGCAUCAUGACCAUCAUCCGUCAGGUGGUGCAGGACAACAGCGGUGAGCAAAUCGAUCGCACCGGCUUGGGCAUCCGCCUGAGCGAUCCCAUCGUGCAGUUCACCCUGCGCCAGAUUGUGAGGAUCGUGGACGAACAGCGCGAACAGAUCCUUGGUGCCUACCGCCAGGAGCAACUGCAGAUGCGCGGUGUUGCGAUCAAUGAUGUUCGCGUGGACAAGCUGCGCACUCGCAUCGAGGAGCACGACUUGGACCUGGGCAACUUGGUCGAGCAGCAGGUGCAGGGUAUCCAGCAGGAGAUUGUGGGACGCCAGCGUCGCCUCAACAACAAAGCCUUCACCAUUGACAUGGACAUCACCUCGGACCAGGAUCAGGAGGCCAUCAUUCGCGUCUUCCUGGGACCCGCAGAGGGUCAGCGUGGAAGGCAGGGAGUUUCCCUGGAUGAGCGUCGCCGUGACUUCGUCCUUCUGGAUGCCAUCCAAGUGCAGCUGGAGAAUGGACGCAACCGCAUUCAGCGCCGGUCCAUCGAUAUCCCCUGGACAACGCGCGAUGUGACGCCUCUGGUGGAGAUCUACCGCCAGGUGAUGCUGAAAUUGAAGGGCCAGCAGGAGCAACAGGUCAUGGGCAUCCAGCAGCUGGUCGGCGAGACCGGACGCUUCCCCCAGCACUUGCUGCUGCCCCGUGGCAGGUCCGAGGGUCUGCCCAUGCAGCUCCUGGUCGUGGUCUCUCCUUUGGUUGAGCUGCAGGUGCAGGACAUCGUGCCCGAUAUCACCAUUGGCAUCGGCUCCGCCUCCCUGCAGGAUGCUCGCCCAUUGGGCUAUCCCCUGGACCGGCCCAUCCGCAACGAGCAGGAGCUCCUGCAGUUGACCAAUGUCCUGCUCCAGGAUGUGGUCAUCAUUCAGGAGAACUAAGUUCCCCAGGAAGAAAACCCGAUCGUCUGGCCAGCUGCUUUUCCAUGGACCCAUCUGAAAAUCACCUAUCGAACCGUAGUUUUAAUCAAUCGAAUGUAAAUCAAUUUACAGUAGCAAAAUGUUAAAUACUCUUGUAACUCAUCUUUAUAUGUAAUAAAAGUCUUAGCAAGCAAUGCAAACAAGCAUUAAA